AUGGACCCUCCACGCCCAAUCAAGUUGGAGUCGGAGUGGAUAGAGCCGGCAACCAAGAAAGUCAAGGCUAACAAGUACUGGAUAGACACAAUCGGUACCAGAAUUGUGCGCCUCGAAGUCGGCACAGGCUUCGAUCAAGUUGUCUUUAAUGUUCAUAAGACAAUACUCUGCAAGAAGAUCGCAUUCUUUGAUAAGAUGUUCAACGGAAAGUUCUUGGAAGGCAUAACUCAUAGUGCCAAGAUGCCCGAGGACAAUAUCGAAGCCUUCAAGCUGAUGCUUGGCUGGGUAUAUAGCGGAGCCAUCGAGCCAGGAAUUGAUCUUACCUUUGCAAAUGGUAAUUCUGCCAGCACACCACUCUUGGAGCUACUGAUUCUUGCGGAAAAAUACGACAUCAACCCACUUGUUGAUGCCACGAUGGAUUACCUGAUCAAACUCCUCCAGGAGAAUAGAAUAAUCAUCGGCGAGUCCCUGUGGGUGUAUACAUACGAGAAUACACGCCGCACAUCGAAGCUUCGAUUAUUCUUCACGAGAACAGCCAUCUAUGCGAUGCGCUUCAAAGACGGAGAAUUUACUAGCAAUCCCAAAUUCUGGACUGUGAAGGCAAUACACUCCAUAUUGUCGCAGAGUCCAGAGAUCCUCAUGGAUUAUCUGGCUUUGACCCAAGGGGUAAAGCUCCAGGAGGAUCCAUUGAUAGCACCACCGUGCGAUUACCAUCGACAUGCGGCGGACGAGGACUGCCCAUAUAAGCCGAAGACAACCGCUAAAAUUACCAACGAGAGUGGUAAUAGACCGAGCGAUCUGGAUGACUGA